AUGGCAAGAGGAAAGGGCCAAAAGUACGCCAAAGAGAAGAGAGGAAAGUACAAGCGAGAUCAUGACUUCGUCGAUUACUCUAGUAAUGACGAUGGUUUAUACGAAGAUGAUCACAUCUCUAUAGCUUCAUCAUCAGCUCCAUCAGCAUCAUCCGAUGACGAGCAAGACAAGGACAGCCAUAAAGAAGAGGAUUUCAUCUCAUUGAAUACAGAAGUCGACAAUCGCAGUAGACAGCAGCGACGCAGCGAUGAACGAGCUGGAAUGAAACGCAAAAGAGGCGACGACAAUGACGCUGAUGAUUACGACGACUCGCUUCUAUGCUAUCCCUGGAUGGAUUUGAUGGGCUCCAAUCGACUGAGACAGCCACUCUCUGCUAUUCGACUACUGCAACGUGAAGUAACAUGCUUUGUGCAAUACGUGGAACCGACAAGGAUAGAAAUCAAACUAAGAGAAUACCUGGUACACCGCAUACGAACCUCAGUACAAGCAAAAUGGCCAUCUGCUACAGUAUCUGUCUUUGGCAGUUUCUCCACAACCUUAUAUUUACCCAACAGUGAUAUUGAUCUUGUCGUUCAAUUCCCUCCCUCCACGCAACUACGACUUCGAAAUCUUGCCAGCACGCUUGUGCAAGAUGAUAUCUGCCGUGAUCCACAAGUCAUUGAACACGCAACCGUCCCAGUUAUCAAAUUUGCAGAUACCAUGACCAACCUCAAAGUUGACAUCGUUUUGAAUUCAACAUCUGGCUUGGACAGCGCAGAGGAGAUCAAUGAUAUGAUUGCAAAGUAUCCUGGACUGCGACCUAUAUCACUGAUCGUAAAGCACUUGUUGGCGCUGCGUGGACAUAAUGAGGUAUUCACAGGCGGUUUGGGUGGAUAUGCCAUUGUUUGCCUGGUAGUCAGCUUUUUACAGAUGCAUCCAAAAGUAGCUUCAGGCACUAUUGAUCCAAUGCAGAAUAUUGGUGUGCUACUGUUGGACUUUUUUCAGCUGUAUGGACUCAAUUUCAACUUGGACGAGACAGGUCUUGAUGUGCGAGGAGAAGGAAGUUAUUAUGAUAAGUCUGGCAUUUCUUGUAGAAAUGGUAGAGCCGUGUUCUCCAUCAAAGAUCCAUUAGACCCAUCCAACGAUAUUGGCAUGAAAUCAUACAACUCAUCACUCGUGAUCCGAGCCUUCAAAUACGCCUACUUAUCAAUGACAGACAAAGCAUUUGCAAUGGAAACAGAGCUACGAAAAAACAAGUACAAGAAGCUAAACGACAAGACGCUAGAGAACCACAAGAGAGCAUCUAUCCUUAGUUCUUUUCUCUAUAUAUCCACUGAUUUCAUGAAGCAGAGACAACUGAUGAACGAUGUGUAUGACGAAAAGCGAUGGGAAGGACAGGCGGCUGCAAAGACAUUCUCGUUUGAAUAA